AAAAACAAACCCGGCCGGAAGCCAACCGCAUUCCCGUCUCACCUGCCUACUUUUCCUCUGCUCCCCCAACCCAUCCUCCGUUCUCUCUUCUCAGAUUUGUGGGUUCGUGUCAUGAUUUCACCGCCCCCGGUGAUGCAAUCCUCCGCGGCGAGGCCCGCGCUGGCCGGGUUCCGCCAGGCCGCCGCCUGCUCCAGCUCCCGCCGGUCGGUCCGGUGCGCGGUGGCCGUCGCGUCGGCGGCGCCGGCCGGGAGGUGCACGCUGUACGAGGUGCUCGGGCUGCGGGCCGGCGCCACGGGCGGCGAGAUCAAGGCCGCGUACCGGCGACUGGCUCGGGAGCGGCACCCGGACGUGGCCGGCGCGGCCGGCGACGACUUCAUCCGCCUGCACGACGCCUACGCCACGCUCUCCGACCCGGACGCCCGCGCGCGCUACGACCGCGACGUCGUCGUGCAGGCCUACGCGCAGCCGCCCGCUUCCAGGCCGAACGGCGUCUGGGGCCGGCCUCGCCGCACGUGGGAGACAGACCAGUGCUGGUAGGUCCGACCUCCAUCGAUCCAGAGCUUCGGCCUUGUGAAUAGCCACCACUAUAGCAGCGCUCUUCCCCACGCGCGGCCAUGGCCGCUCACCAUAGAUUUUUUGUUACGGUGACCCAACCAUGCGUCUGUACAUGUAAAUCCCCACCUCUUCUUGAUCUUCUGAAUGUUCAGUCAUCUUCAGAAUCAAAAAUUAACCUGUGUUAAUAUGCAA